AUGUUAUCCGCCUAUGGAUGUGGUGAUGACCCUACAUAUGACUUUGAUUGUGAAUCACGUAAACAUUUGUGUGAAAAACUACCUAAAUUGAUGAAUAUUGCCUGUCCCUCUUCUUGUGGAACUUGUCACAUAGGGCCAUGUAAAGAUACAGUAGAUGGCUGUAUUUCAAUGAGAUCAACAAUGUGUAAACAUCACAAAGAAUUUAAUAAAGAUUUACACGAAUGUGCCCGUUCAUGCAAACUUUGCACACCCAGAUGUGUCGAUUUAAGUGAUAAAUGUGCAGAAGCUGACCAAAGUGCUUGUCUACGACCGCCAGAUGAUAAACCGGAGGAAAAUGUUUAUUAUAAGGCAAUGUCUAGAGUUUGCCGUAAAUCUUGUAAUUUAUGUGAUGAACCAUUCGACGAUUUGGAGGAAUCUAAAUUGAUUGAAACAAAAUUAAAUAAUAAAAGAACAAGAGAAGAGGAUGACGAUAUAAUUAGUGAAGUAAUUAAUAGUAAUGAUGAUGGAGAUGAAGUUGUGAGUAAAAGACGAAGAAUUAAUUCAAAUAAUGAUGAAAGUGAAAUGGAAGGGGAUAACGAUAGUGAUGAUAGUAAAAGUGAAGUUGAAGACAAAUAA